CCCCCACUAACGAGAUCGUCAUCGCCAAAGUCCAGAUUCUCCCAACUCGCAACUCCCGCCCCCGUUCCACCUGAAAGCAAUCUGAUACCUCACUACACUAUGGUGGAACUCAAUGCUGAAGACGCUUGGAUUCAAUUCAACGAUGGCACAAUACAUCUCCGGUCCUAUCUGCGAAGUACGCCCAGAUUUAAUCCUGCUCUCGCUGUAGGAGAACAGCCGACAUUAAGAGCAAAAGACGCAAAGAAGUUUUGGGAGCUACAGCCUCAGACUAGCCAAUCCGGCGCAGAUUGGAGGAGCAGCUGGACAGAUGUGACGUCCCAGUCGGAGCCUCGCGCUGCCUUGACAGCCUCGGGAGAGUUUGACGCGGAAGCAUGGGAAGACCAAUCCAUCUCUUACCAUGAGGACAGCGAGGACGAAGGCGAGGACGCCACUGUCGGCGCGACCUUCGUGCCUUCUGGAAGCGUGGUGUUGCCGAGGCCGGCAGAGCUGCGCAUGCGGAGUCAGCAGCAGCAGCAGCAGUACAGGACGGCGUUGGAAGACGCCUUGAAGAGGGACAGGUGCCUCUUCAGGCAUUUCCGCUCAUAUCUUGAGGAUACUGUGAGGCCUUCCGCGGGGGCAACGGCUUCUUCGGCGCGACAGCAGCUGGACAUGGCCAUCGCCAAUAUAGAGGCCAUCUUCAGGACGUUCAAGCAGAAGAUCAAGCUGCCGGGGCAUUCCCUGACCAUCCUGCGGCCCUUCUGCCGUCCCCUUGAAGCUGCGAUCCAGGAGGAGCACGACAAGUCAGGCGUGGCUGACGGCAUUUCUGACCUACUGGACGAGCUCGAUCGGGUGCUGGACGCCCUUGGCGCCCCAUCGCUCCCGGGGGAGACCGUGGUCUCGGACCGACUGGUCCACCGCUUUGCGCACCGUCUAAGCCGCUGUAGAGAGAGAGCUUUGCAGCGUCGACUCGAUCUCGAGGCCCGGCCUGAGACGGGAAGACGGCUGGCACUUCCCACGGUUCACGCUCAGGCUGCAUCGAGGGUGGUGACGAGGCCUUUCGGAUACAGAGGCGAUCAGCCUGCAGGGACCGAACGUCGCGACGGUGCUAGCUCAAGGGCAUCGUCCGCUUCCCAUGGCUUUCAACUUGUCGGGUCCUUGGGUUGCUCCGCGUCUGAAGGCGAGCGUCAAGGUGUCGAAAGCGAGAGCGAGAGCGUCGUUGACCACGGUCAGUGAGCCUCGUAGGAGAUAUUCCGCUUCCACCUUUGCCAGUCGUGCCUGCCUGUGUUCUCACUUCAAGUCUCUGUCUUCUUGCAUCGCUCCCACUCCACUUCCUGGUCUGUAAUUUAAGCUCUUGCUUCGUCUGUACUAUGAGCUCUUGAAAU